UAAAUAAAUUUCGUCACUCGUCAUGUGCUGACUUCGCAACAUGUGGUUGAAACGUUGCCUUUUUUUAUGCGCCGCGCUCUCAGCAGCAGCGGUCAAAGUUGACCUCCAAGGCUCCCUAACCCUGGGUUCCGAAGUCGCAGAGUUCCUCGCGCACAACCUUAAAGAGGAAUUCCAAGAGCCAGAUGGACGGCGAGCCAACAUCGACGCCCUAGAGGAACUAGUCAAAAUCGUCAAACACAUGAGACCUUGCAAAAACGCCACCAACUUCUGCACACCGAAGUUGGAAAAGCUCAUAAUAGAAUACGUCUCGGACCUGACAACCAGCAUCAAGACAGUUUUCGAUGAUGUUUUAGAAGAUGAACUGUGCAAAGUUAAGUAUUUCCAAAAAUGUCUGAAGCAUGUCAGGGACGUUGUCAAAACAGCUGCUUCGGGCGAUGAUGAGGUAUACAGAUGGAUUAAUGUUCUUAAAAAGAUUAGCGGUGAUUAUCUCCAACAAGGGUUGUUACUUGCCAAGCAAGGUUUAGAUAAAGUUGAAGCAAAAGAAGAAGCAACGAAUGUGCUUAAACAGCAACUGGUUUUUACAAUCACUGAUAUUGAGAAGAAAUAUGAAAUUAUACUUUGUAAAGACUUCCGUUUAUGUCCGUAUCAAUUCGACGCUACUAUAUACGUGCAAAUUUUACUUAACUUGAUAAGGAAUAUGAAAGAGAAUAAUGUAAGAUUAUUCUUAAGCCAAUUCAAGAAGAAGUUUCUACACGCCCCCAUGUUCACGGAAGAUGUAUUGAUGAAGAAGAAUUUCGAGGAGGUCUUAAGAGAUAUGUUGCUGAACAAAACAAUAGACACGAAAGGGAUUGUGGUAUCCAUAGCUGAUGACGUUCAGAAACGACUGGCAGCAACUGAGUCGAGCGAAAGAGAUGCUGCGCUACUGCAGAUAAUUUUAUCCGACAUGGACCAUAUGUAUGUUAAUAACAAAGAUGAACAUAUUGAAAGGUUCUUGGAUGUCGUAAAAGCUUGGUUGAAAAGCGACGAUGAUAACGCCUUGGGGGAUGGCAUGGAGGCUUUAUACAAUGGUUUGGCUUCGCACUUCAUAAAUCAGCAGAGUGAAAUAGUUUUUAAAUUGCAGACCGAGGCUCAAGUAUUUCUAGAACUCACAGCCACAGCAUACUCAGCCUGAAAUGAGAUAAAUAUAUAAAAUCAAUUGGU